AUGGCCACGGCCGCCGGGGCCGGCCCCGAUCGCAGCAGCGCAGGUGAGGGAGGGGCCCCGGGGGCGCAUUCCUGCACAACGGCCGCCCCCCCGCCAGCCGGCUCCCUUCCCUGUGCUGGGGCCCAGUGGCAUGUACGUGACAUCAUGAGUUCCGCUGUGGAGAGUUCAGAUGAUGAAUUCUUUGACGCCAGAGAGGACGUGGCAGAAGGCAAGAGCGCUCUCCUCAUAGGCAUGAGUCAAUGGAACUCCAAUGACCUCGUGGAGCAGAUUGAGACAAUGGGGAAGCUGGAUGACACUCCAGGAGAAUUAUACCGAGUUUCUUUGAGAAGACAGAAAUUUCCAGCCCAAGGCAGCAUUGAGAUCCAUGAAGACGCUGAGGGAAGCUCUCAGCAGCGGGCUUGCAGAACGCACGUCCUCCUCCUGGUUCUGCAUGGAGGGAACAUCCUGGACACAGGCAGUGGAGACCCAGGCUGCAAGGCGGCUGACAUCCACACCUUCAGCUCAGUGCUGGAGAAGGUGACCCGCGCCCACUUCCCCGCGGCUCUGGGCCGUGUCCUCACACAGUUCGUGCCCUGCCCAGCCAUCUGCUCCCAGGCCUUCUCUCUCAUCUCCAACCUGAACCCCUACAGCUACGAUGAGAAUUGGCUGAGCGGCAGUGAGGACCACAUCCCAUUGGCUGCCCUGCCCCUGCUGGCCAUCUCCUCUCCCCAGUAUCAGGACGCAGUCGCCAUGGUCAUCACCCGUGCCAACCAAGUCUACAGCGAGUUCCUCAGGUCUCCGGAUGGGAUUGGCUUCAGUGGGCAGGUGUGUCUCAUCGGUGACUGUGUGGGGGGCAUCCUGGGCUUUGAUGCCAUCUGUUACAGUGCCAGCCCUGCAGGCGACAGUCUGAGCAGCAAUAGCAGAAAAGGCAGUGUCAGCAGCACCCAGGACAACCCAAUCUUGUCUGAGGAAGACUGUAGCCUCAGUGACACCACACGCCUCAGUAAAAGCAACAUUGAUAUCUCGGGGACCUUGGAGGAUGAGGAGCCCAAGAUGUCUCUGCCUCGGAAACAGAGUGACUCAUCUACGUACGACUGUGAUGCCAUCAGUCAGCACCACACCUUCUUGUCCAGCAUCCACUCCAGUGUUCUGAAGGACAGUGCCGAGCCCACACCAGCUGGGGCCCCCCAGCUCUCAGAAGCCAACCUGAGCCGAUUUGACUUUGACGUCUCGGAUUUUUUCCUCUUUGGCUCCCCGUUGGGCUUGGUGCUGGCCAUGAGGAGAACGGUCUUGCCCGGGCUGGAUGGCUUUCAGGUCCGGCCUGCCUGCAGCCAAGUCUAUAGCUUCUUCCAUGCAGCUGACCCUUCGGCCUCAAGGCUGGAGCCUCUGCUGGAGAAGAAUUUUCACUUGCUGCCCCCAGUCAGUGUGCCACGCUACCAGAGGUUCCCGCUGGGUGAUGGGCAGUCUCUACUCCUAGAGGACACUCUGCAGGCCCACAGCUCCCUGUUCCUGGAAGGCUGCCCGGCUGACAGCCCAUCUUCCCCGGAUGCCCCAGCCCUGGCCCUCCUGCCUCCUCGGCACCAGAGGUCAGGAAGGAGGUUCAGUGUGGACAGCUCCAACAGUGACAGCUCAGGAUCCAGUGAGAGUCUGCCGUUGGCCAGCAUGGCUCACAUUACCUCCAAAUGGUGGGGAACCAAGCGGCUAGACUAUGAACUCUACUGUCCCGAUGUGCUCACGGCCUUCCCUACCGUGGCCCUUCCCCACCUCUUUCAUGCCAGCUACUGGGAGUCCACAGACGUGGUGGCCUUCAUCUUGAGACAGGUGAUGCGCUAUGACAGCCGGACUGUCAAGGAGAGUGAUGGAUGUGACCCCUCCACACUGAGCCCAUCCAACCCCAGAGAAAAAUGGCUGCGCAAGCGGACCCAGGUCAAGCUGAGGAAUGUAACGGCCAAUCAUCGUGCCAAUGACGUGAUUGCUGCAGAAGAUGGCCCACAGGUCUUGGUGGGACGGUUCAUGUAUGGGCCUCUUGACAUGGUGGCCCUCACAGGAGAAAAGGUGGACAUUUUCGUCAUGGCAGAGCCAUCGUCAGGGCGCUGGCUGUUCUUGGACACAGAGAUUACCAACAGUAGUGGACGCAUCACUUACAGUGUGCCCAGACCUAAGCGGCUUGGGGUCGGGGUCUAUCCCAUUAAGAUGGUGGUCAGGGGUGACCAGACCACGGCCAUGAGCUACUUAACCGUGCUCCCCCGGGGCAUGGAAUGUGUCGUGUUCAGCAUUGACGGCUCGUUUGCAGCCAGCGUCUCCAUCAUGGGCAGCGACCCCAAGGUCAGGGCAGGAGCUGUGGACGUUGUUCGGCACUGGCAGGACCUGGGCUAUUUGAUCCUCUACAUCACUGGGCGGCCAGACCUGCAGAAGCAGCGGGUGGUGUCCUGGCUGGCCCAGCACAACUUUCCCCAAGGCAUGAUUUUCUUCUCUGAUGGGUUGGUGCAUGACCCCCUGAGGCAGAAGGCCAUCUUCCUCCGGAACCUCGUACAGGAGUGUUUCAUCAAGGUCAGCGCUGCUUACGGCUCCAUGAAAGACAUCUCUGUCUACAGCGCUCUGGGUCUGCCCCCCUCCCAGAUCUUCAUUGUGGGCCGCCCCACCAAGAAGUACCAGCGUCAGUGCCAGUUUCUCAGUGAGGGAUAUGCGGCUCACCUGGCCUUGCUGGAGUCCAGCCACCGGGCCCGGCCCAAGAAGAACAACUCGCGAGUGAUCUUACGCAAAGGCAGCUUUGGCCUCCACUCUCAGCCUGAGUUCCUGCGAAAGAGGAACCAUUUGCGUAGGACGAUGUCCGUCCAGCAGCCCGAGCCGCCAGUGGUCGCCCCGAAGCCCGAGCGAGCCCAGAGCCAGCCCGAGUCGGACAAAGACCAUGAGCGGCCCCUCCCCGCAGUGGGCUGGGCCCGGGGUGGCCCGCACAAGUUCGAGUCGGUGCCCUAA